AUGGGUGUUGUCGAAAAGAUCAAAGCUAUCGAGGAGGAGAUGGCCCGUACCCAAAAGAAUAAAGCCACGGAACAUCAUCUCGGCCUUUUAAAAGGUAAGCUGGCGAGAUAUAGACAACAACUGCUAGCAGAUGAAGCUGGCUCAUCUGGUGGAGGAGGAACAGGCUUUGAAGUUGCUAAAUCAGGGGACGCUCGUGCUGUACUAAUAGGAUAUCCAUCUGUGGGAAAAUCAUCGUUGCUGGGUAAAAUUACUACAACAAAAGCGGAAAUUGCACAUUAUGCUUUCACAACUUUAACGUCAGUACCGGGUGUUCUGAAAUAUGAAGGUGCAGAGAUUCAAAUUGUCGAUUUGCCAGGUAUCAUUUACGGAGCAUCUGAAGGUAAAGGUCGUGGUAGACAGGUUAUUUCAACAGCUAGAACGGCUGAUUUGAUCAUAAUGAUUCUUGAUGCCACAAAGAGCGAAUAUCAAAGAGUGUCAUUAGAGCGAGAAUUGGAAGCCGUUGGGAUAAGAUUGAAUAAGGAGAAGCCGAAUAUCUACUUCAAAAAAAAGGAAACUGGAGGUAUUAAGAUUACAUUUACAUCUCCAUCAAGGACAAAUUUAACCGAGGAAGCAAUCAAGUUAUUAUUAAAGGAUUACAAGAUUCAUAAUGCUGAUGUUCUUGUGAGAGAUGAUAAAUGCACCAUUGAUGAUUUUAUUGACGCUCUAAACGAAAAACACUGUACUUAUACCAAAUGCCUAUACGUUUAUAACAAAAUCGACGCAGUAUCUUUGGAAGAGGUCGAUAGGUUGGCGAGAGAACCAAAUACCGUUGUGAUGUCAUGUGAAAUGGACCUCGGUUUGGAUGACGUCGUAGAAGAAAUAUGGUUCCAACUGAAUCUGAAUCGUGUUUUUACAAAGAAGCGAGGAAUAAAACCUGAUUUUAGCGAUCCGUUAGUCGUGAGAAGCAAUUCAACAAUUGGUGAUUUAUGUCACAGCAUCCAUAGAGAAUUCAAAGAUCAAUUUAAGUAUGCAUUAGUAUGGGGAUCCUCAGCGAAACACUCCCCGCAAAAAUGUGGACUCAAUCAUAAAAUUGACGAUGAAGAUGUUGUUUCUCUUUUCACCAAAUAA